UGUCACCCUUCCGCCCGUGGGAAUGUCGCCCAGCACGUCGUGGGUUUUGCUUACCACAAAUUAAAAGGCGUUUACAACAGUUUUAUUAGAGAAAGUACCAAUGGAUUUAUCAAAAUCAAAACAUUUGUGAGCGUUUUCUAAAGAUGGAUAGGAAAGGCAACUUAAGGCGCGCAACUUCAGCUGGAUACCGGUUAGUGGAGCGACCCAGCGUUGCUUUAACAUCACAGUCAUCUGUGUCUAUAUACAGACACCAAGCGGAUAGGACACGAAACACCGGAGGCGUUGAGACACCGGCACAAGACUCUGACACUCGAGACCCGGUCAAACAGGAUCAAAUAUGGCGAGAAUAUAUGCGCGCGGAGAGGAUGGGGGUGAAAGAGUGGGAAAAGAACUGGAGCUUUCUCAAGAACUUUGACCAGCUGGGUCGCCCGAGGACACAGUCUACCCUCCCCAGCUAUGUGCCUGUGUACUCGGAUUGUCUGCCCAACACCACAAACCAAAUGUUUGGGAGUCGCUUGCGCACGGAGCUCGGCAAGGAACUCAUUCGGAUGGACAAAUUGCUAAUACUGACCGGCACUCAUGGCAAAACGAAGCAGGGUCCAGAAAUGCAGCCCUGCUGAAACUUUUAACUCGCACAUUAUGAUGAAUUCAUCGAUGAAGUCCCUGAAUUUAUAUUAGGCUACGCAGCCUGAAGAUUGACAGUGUGCGCCACUUCCCUUGUGCACAGGCUGCAGGUUAGGUGGCUUAAACUGAAAGCACAUGCAUGACAGAUUUUAUGUAGGACUAGGCUGAACGUUUUAUAUGUUUACUCAGUGAUGUUUUUUUCUGUAACUGAUGUACGUCUUUUCAUUUCAUUGAUUUGUUUAAAUUCGGCUACUCCUAGCGAUUGUUGGUAGGCUCCUACUGUCCAAAUUGAUAACAGCAUAAUGCCAAAGCAAUGUUUUGUUUUGU